CUUUAAUUUCUUUCAGUUUUUCCAUUUUCCCUCGUUAUUCUCUUCUCGUUCUCGAAGCUGAUCCCUCUUACUUCCAUUUUCUUCCAAAAUAUCUUCUGAAUUAACUUGAAUUCGCUCGAAUUUCUUCAUCGAUCACCAUUAUGGCUGUAGCAUCCAACGAUCGAGAAGAUGAGGAGACGCUGCUUCCACUUUCUGAUUUGGCUGGUGAAGGUCCUCAGCUCAUCGAUGCACCAGUAGUAACAGGAAAUGAUGGGGAAAAUCAGCUACCAGAGGAUCCCCAAACAUUCAGGUUCACUUUUAAGGUAGAGAACUUCUCUAGGUUGAAUGUGAAGAAGUUCUACUCUGAUGAUUUUUCUGGUGGAGGCUAUAAAUGGCGGAUUUUAAUUUUCCCCAAGGGCAACAAUGUUGAUUACUUGUCUAUGUAUCUGGAUGUUGCUGAUUCAGCUGCUUUACCUUAUGAGUGGAGUAUAUAUGCCCAGUUCAGUUUGUCAGUAGUUAAUCAAAUUCAGAACAAUUACUCAAUCAGAAAUGAGGCACACCACCAAUUCAAUGCUAAGGCCAGUGAUUGGGGUUUCACAAAGUUUAUGUCACUUGCUGAGCUAUACGAUCAAAAUGGGGGUUAUCUUGUUGAUGAUGCGUUCACUGUUGAAGCUGAGGUUGCUGUGCGAAAAACUGUUGAUUAUUUGUUGUACGACUCAAAAAAAGGAACUGGUUUUGUUGGACUCAAGAAUCAAGGAGCUACAUGUUAUAUGAACUCUCUGCUCCAGACUUUCUACCAUAUUCCUUACUUCAGGAAGGCUGUAUACCACAUGCCUACAACUGAGAAUGAUAUGCCGUCUGUGAGCAUCCCCCUGGCCUUGCAAAGUUUAUUCUACCAGCUCCAAUACAGUGACAGCAGUGUAGCAACAAAGGAGUUGACAAAGUCAUUCGGGUGGGACUCUCAUGAUUCUUUCUUGCAGCAUGAUGUGCAAGAACUCAAUAGAGUUCUAUGUGAAAAGCUUGAGGGAAAGAUGAAGGGAACCCUUGUGGAAGGCACCAUACAACAUUUAUUUGAAGGGCACAAUAUGAACUACAUUGAGUGUAUCAAUGUGGAUUACAAAUCUAGGAGAAAGGAGUCAUUUUAUGAUCUUCAGCUUGUUGUCAAAGGUUGUUCUGAUGUUUAUGCUUCUUUUGAUAAAUAUGUUGAAGUUGAAUGUCUUGAUGGUGAUAACAAAUAUCAAGCAGAGCAAUAUGGUUUGCAGGAUGCAAGGAAGGGUGUGUUGUUUAUUGAUUUUCCCCCAGUCCUGCAGCUUCAGUUAAAGCGCUUUGAAUAUGAUUAUAUGCGAGACAAUAUGACAAAGAUAAAUGACCGAUAUGAGUUCCCUUUGCAACUUGAUCUGGACAGAGAGAAUGGUAAAUACUUGUCUCCCGAGGCUGAUAAAACCGUCAGAAACCUUUACGCACUUCACAGUGUAUUAGUCCAUAGUGGUGGUGUGCAUGGUGGACACUAUUAUGCUUUCAUAAGGCCAACUCUUUCAAACCAAUGGUAUAAAUUUGAUGAUGAAAGAGUGACUAAGGAAGAUGCAAAAAUGGUAUUAGAAGGGCAAUAUGGUGGUGAAGAGGAGCAGUUUCCAGAGACAAAUCCUGGAUUCAACAAUACACCCGUUAAAUUUACGAAGUACUCAAAUGCUUACAUGCUGGUCUAUAUACGAGAAAGUGAUAAAGAGAAAGUAAUGUGUACUAUUGAUCAGAAGGACAUAGGUGAACACCUGAGGGCAAGGUUGAAAAGAGAACAAGAAGAUAAAGAGCAGCAGACGAAGGAAAAAUCAGAGGCACACCUUUACACAAUUAUAAAGGUUGCUCGUGAUGAAGACAUGCGACGGCAGAUUGGAAAAGAUAUAUAUUUUGAUUUGGUGGAUCAUGAGAAAGUUAAGAGCUUCCGCAUUCAAAGGCAGACACUUUUUAGUGUUUUCAAGGAGGAGAUCACAAAAGAGUUUGGUGUGCCAGUGCAAUUUCAACGUUAUUGGCUCUGGGCAAAGCGUCAGAAUCAUACCUAUCGUCCUAAUCGGUUAUUGACGCAUCUUGAAGAAGCUCAAACUGUUGGACAAUUCAGGGAAGUAUCCAAUAAGGUUCACAAUGCAGAGCUAAAAUUGUUUCUAGAAGUAGAGUUGGGACCGGAACUAAUGCCCCUCUCUCCACCGGAAAAGGCCAAAGAUGAUAUUCUGCUUUUUUUCAAGCUUUAUGAUCCUGAGAAAGAAGAUAUACGGUAUGUUGGAAGACUCUUUGCGAAAGGAAUCAGUAAGCCCACUGAAAUCUUGAGCAAACUAAAUGAAAUGGCUGGCUAUGCCCCAGAUCAAGAGAUUGAGCUUUAUGAGGAAAUAUAUUUUGAACCAAGUGUCAUGUGCGAAAACAUUGACGAGAACUCAACUUUUCGAUCAAGCCAGCUUGAGGAUGGUGAUAUAGUAUGCUUCCAAAAAUCUUUAACGGCUGAAAGUCGACAACAAUUCCGUUAUCCUGAUGUUCCUUCAUUCCUGGAGUACAUUCACAAUCGCCAGGUCGUUCACUUCCGAUCUUUAGAUAAACCCAAGGAGGAGGGUUUCUGUUUAGUGCUGUCUAGGAAUGAUACAUAUGAUGAAGUUGUGGGAAGAAUAGCUCGACAACUCGAGUUGGAUGAUCCCUCCAAAAUUAGGCUCACAUCCCACAACUGCUACUCUCAGCAACCUAAACCUCAACCAAUAAAAUACCGAGGUGUAGACAACCUUGUAGAUAUGCUGGUGCACUACAAUCAGGCUUCUGAUAUAUUGUACUAUGAAGUACUGGACAUUCCUUUGCCAGAAUUGCAAGGUUUGAGAACCUUAAAAGUAGCUUUUCAUCAUGCUACCAAAGAAGAAGUGGUCAUUCACACGAUCAGACUACCAAAACAAAGUACUGUGGAUGCUGUAAUUAAAAAUCUAAAGACGAAGGUUGAGUUGUCGCAUCCAGAUGCAGAGCUAAGAUUGCUAGAGCUAUUCUACCAUAAGAUUUACAAGAUAUUCCCAACCACAGAGAAGAUGGAAAACAUAAAUGACCAGUACUGGACGCUACGGGCCGAAGAGAUACCUGAAGAAGAGAAAAAUCUUGGCCCACAUGAUCGUUUGGUUCAUGUAUACCACUUCAAUCAGGAGGCAGCACAAAACCAAAUACGAAUUCAAAAUUUUGGGGAACCUUUUCUCUUGGUUAUCCAUGAGGGUGAGACAUUAGCUGAAGUUAAGGUGCGUAUACAAAAGAAAUUGCAGGUCCCAGAUGAAGAGUUUGCUAAGUGGAGAUUUGCAUUCGUCUCGCUUGGUCACCCUGAGUACCUUGAGGACUUGGACAUCUUGUCGAGUCGUUUCCAGAGAAAGGAUGUCAGUGGUGCUUGGGAGCAGUAUCUUGGAUUAGACCAUUCUGACGGUGCUCCUAAAAGGACUCAUGCAGCACAUCAGAAUCGCCACUCACAUGAGAAGCCUAUGAAAAUAUACAACUAGUAACACAACAGAAAUGAAGAUUAAAUUCCACUAAUAAUCAUUGCACUUGUUGCCAAGGCCCAAGCAUAUAAAGUCAGUAGCAGCAGCGCCACUUGUUUGCUAAAUACAUGUUGAGUUUGUACAGAUUUGAUUCUUGUUCCAGGAGCAUCUGUUUCUGAUAUGGAUGUGAAGUGUGGUUCAGAUCCAGCAUCCAUAUCCUAUUGGCUAAUCUCGUCUGCGAACUAUUACUAACUCACCGCUAGUGUAAUUCACACAAAUGUGCAAAAUUUUGAACAAGCAAAUGUAUUCAUCAUAUAUAGUGUUCUGAUU